AUGGAAGCUAGAAGCAGGCUCGCGAUCCUCUGUUCUCACCUAAACCCAGCUGGUCCUUACCCGACGACCCGAGACACCAUUCUCAGCGCUUCCGAUUGUAGCUCAGCUUCGACCGGCGAUGAGAAAGUGGAAUCGUCCAGCCUCCAAAAAAACUGCGUCUUCUGCAAGAUUAUCCGUGGCGAGUCUCCGUGUCUCAAGUUGUACGAGGAUGAUAUGUGCCUGUGUAUUUUGGAUACGAAUCCACUUAGCAAUGGGCACUCUCUUAUCAUUCCAAAGUUGCAUUAUCCAACCUUAGAGGAAACUCCUCCCUCAGUAGUUGCUGCCAUGUGUUCCAAAGUGCCUCUCAUCAGUAAUGCCAUCGUGAAAGCUACCGGAAGUGAUUCAUUUAACUUGCUGGUUAACAACGGCGCAGCAGCUGGGCAAGUCAUAUUUCACACACACAUUCACAUAAUCCCGCGUAAGGAACACGACUGCUUAUGGGCUUCCGAGAGCUUGCGGAGACGCACAAUGAAGCUGGACAAGGAAGCAUAUCAACUGGCGUCACGUGUUCGACAACAAUUGUGCAGCCUUCCGGAAGAACAAUUGGUUCAGCCCUCAUAA